UGUGUCUCACAGAAGCAAGUCUGUAAGGCUAAUGAUUACUGUUUCAGUAAACAAUUCAAACUGCUUAAACAGGGUUUAUAUUGCAGUUAUAGCUAAUUUUCCUGUUAGGAUUUUGGAGAGAACUUUGGUGUGGACAAGCCUCAGCAGGCCCUCUGAAAGCAUGUUUAGAACUUUUUGGUCUCUUAACUUCUUGAAAUCUUGUAUUGAAAAGUACAUAUUUAAUAGUAUUUUCAUUCUUAACCAUGUUUCAAAAUAAAAGUUGAGGUCCACAGAUUGAAUUGGGGGCCAGUUUGGAGGUUCUUUCUGUACCUCAACAGUAUCACUUUAUAGAGGGGAAGAAUGGCAGAGAUUAGUGUUUUAGCACAGGGGUGCUAGAAGAAGGUACAGACAUAAGGACAAGAAUUUUUAAAAUUUGAAAUAAUUGGAAGGAGGAGGUGGACACUCAGGAGAAGAUGUUGUGUGACAGGCAUAAACUACCUAUAGAAUAACACAAGGGAAGAGGAAAGCUUAACAUAUAAAAAUGUCUAAACGGGUUGAAAUUGGUUAAAACUUGCUUCUGGAUGGAGUUGAAAGAUUCUGUUGGGCAAAACGUGUCUUUGCAACACUUUAUGUACUAGACAGUGUUUCUUUCUUUUUUAACAGUUUGAGAAACGUGGAAAUUAAAAUCAUCAUGCAAUGGUAUGCAACCAGCUGCUUCCCUCACGUUUGCCAAACAUCUCCUGCAAUUUGACUUCUUAAAACUCAGCUUUACUUGAUCUGUGUAAUAGUCUUACUCACAUCCUUAGGUUUGGUGGAUAUGUUUUCCUGUUUGUUUAUCUGUCUUUUUUCAUGCCUACUAUCUUUUACAAACAUGAAUAUCUUUAUCAGAGCCUCCCACUUUUUUUUAAACUGCGUGUUCUAGAUAACAAGAUAAUUUCUGGGAAGUACUGUAAUUUUCUCUUGGCUUUUUUUUUUCCUCUUACCAGAUAAUGCAAAACUUAAUUGCUGCUCUAAAAUCCUAAAUUUCUGCUAAAAAGUAUUGGAAAUGCAUCUGUCAUUUAGAUUUUACACAAAUCUGAAGGGACAUGAGCCUAAAACAACGGAAUGAGGCGGGGAUGACCGCCGAGUCUUACUUUGGCAUAUGGAAGAAGCCAUCCACUCAAGAGUCAAACCAGUUCAGCUGAAAGGGGAGCAUCACUCUAACAUCUUCUGCCUAGCUUUCAACAGUGGCAAUACAAAAGUGUUCUCUGGAGGCAAUGAUGAGCAAGUUAUACUCCAUGAUGUUGAAAGCACCGAGACCUUGGAUGUGUUUGCCCAUGAAGAUGCAGUGUAUGGCCUUUCAGUGAGCCCAGUAAAUGACAACAUCUUUGCUAGUUCAUCAGAUGAUGGCCGGGUUCUGAUUUGGGACAUCCGAGAGUCUUCCCAUGGAGAGCCCUUCUGCUUGGCACACUAUCCAUCAGCCUUUCACAGUGUGAUGUUUAAUCCAGUAGAACCCAGAUUACUGGCUACUGCCAACUCUAAGGAAGGUGUGGGACUCUGGGAUAUUCGUAAACCUCAGAGUUCACUGCUCCGCUAUGGUGGGAACCUUUCCCUUCAGAGUGCCAUGAGCGUCCGGUUCAACAGCAACGGCACCCAGCUGCUGGCCCUGCGCCGGCGCCUGCCCCCGGUGCUCUACGACAUCCACUGCCGCCUGCCCGUCUUCCAGUUCGACAACCAAGGCUACUUCAACUCCUGUACUAUGAAGAGCUGCUGUUUUGCAGGUGACCGUGAUCAGUACAUCCUUUCGGGCUCUGAUGACUUCAAUUUGUAUAUGUGGAGGAUUCCUCCAGAUCCAGAAGCAGGUGGCAUUGGCAGGGUUGUCAACGGUGCUUUUAUGGUAUUGAAAGGUCAUCGGUCAAUUGUAAACCAAGUGCGGUUUAAUCCUCACACCUACAUGAUCUGUUCUUCUGGCGUUGAAAAGAUUAUAAAGAUCUGGAGUCCCUACAAGCAGCCUGACUGCACAGGGGACCUGGAUGGUAGAAUUGAGGAUGAUUCGCGUUGCCUCUACACUCAUGAAGAGUACAUCAGUCUUGUGUUGAACAGUGGCAGUGGUUUGUCCCACGAUUAUGCCAACCAAUCGGUCCAGGAAGAUCCACGGAUGAUGGCCUUUUUUGACUCUCUGGUGCGCCGGGAGAUCGAGGGCUGGAGUUCUGAUUCAGACAGCGACCUCAGUGAGAGCACAAUCCUGCAGCUCCAUGCAGGAGUUAGCGAACGCUCCGCUUACAGCGAGUCAGAGUCCUCCACCUCUUUGCAUCACUCUCCCCCACACGUGGCUGAAGAGUCUGAUGAAACUGCCUAUAACUUAAGGGCCUUAAGAUCAACUGCAUCUCCCUCAGCCAGAGAAGACGUGGCUUCCCGUCAGCAGAGGCUCUCUGCACUGAGAAAGUAUCAGGACAAACGUCUCCUGGCCCUUUCCAAUGAGUCUGACUCUGAUGACAAUACCUGCGAGGCAGAGCUAGAUACAGACCUUUUCCCACGGCCGCCGUCUCCAAGUCCCGAGGAGAAUGAAUCCAGCAGUUCCAGCAGCAGCAGCAGCACAGAAGAUGAAGAGGAGCUGAAUGAAAGACGCACAUCGAUGAGGCAACGCAAUGCACUGAGGCGCCGACAGAAGGUGCAAAAGGAGGAAAGGACUAGCACUAACACAGAGAAUGUAACCCCUUACAUAGGUGAGGACAUAUAUGAUUACCCCCAGAUCAAAGUAGAUGAUCUUUCUUCCUCUCCAGCUUCUUCACCAGAAAGGAGUUUGGCCAACAAAGAAGUUCUUAAAGAACGGACGUCUCCUUGUUCAGACAGUGAAUCAGUGGAGAGAAAGAUUUACAAAGCUUACAAAUGGCUCCAUUAUUCUUACAUAUCAUAUUCAGCUAGUAAAGAUGGUGAAUCCUCCAGAGGAGAUGGAGAAAAUGAUGAAGGGAAACCAGGAACCAGUGGAAGGCACAGCGUAACACACUCGCUAACUAAGGAAGAUGCUAGGAACUUAAGUUCAGUAGUUCCUCAGGGUUCCUCAGCUCUUUCUGCUGAAAACCACAACAGAGAAAAUUUAAAAGAGUAUGGUGGGAUAGAAAAUUCUAGUAAUGGUCAAGCUCAUGAACGUGACAAUCAGCGGCAGAUGGAAGGUCAAGAAAACACAUCGGAAGACACGAGUAGUGGAGGUGUAGAGCAUUCUUUUGAGACUAAAAAACUCAAUGGAAAAGCUAACUGCAAAGGGCUGAAUAGCUGUACUGAAGAACCUUGCAUUCAGACUACAGGACUUGCGGAACAGAAAAAUAAUCAGAACUGUCAACCAGCACCAAGCCAUCACUCACUGGUUCCUCCAUUCCCCGCUGUUGCCAUCUGUAGCAUGUCAGGUCACUGCUCCAGAAACCAGACUGAUGGCAGUGAGGAGAGGAGCUUUGAACCCUCCUGCGUUAACCACAAUAAUGGCCACUUGCAUCUUCACCCUUCAUGCUUCAACCAUGGACAGAGUUUUGGGGAGCAGGAGUCUGUGACACAAGGACUACAGGGCCACUCAAAUGCUGAUAAUGGCAACCUUGUACAGGUGGGUGUGACCUUGCACAGAGACUGCUGCCUGUCUGAAAUGGACUCCAACAGCUACAAUGUGAGCACAAGAGAGGAUUCUGCUGGCCUGCAUCCUGCAGGCAGUGAGAGCACUCAGUCUCUUGGAGGACUGAAAAGACACAGAGCGGAGUUGGAAGAUACAGAUUCAGAGAGUUCAUCCUUAGAAAAGAAGUUAAAAACAUGAUAAAUGCAAAUGUCGUAGUGUGCACUCUCUCAGAAAGAAAAGGAAAAAGAAAGUAUUAAAGGCACAUAGAGCUUGGGUCUGAAACAUUGCGUUUGAUUCUCCAUUCCAUUCUUCAGUGGGUCUGUUUUAGAUUGCCAGUGGUUCAUGCUGUAUAAAAAUCCAACUUGCUCCUUAAUGAGACUGAGUCUAGUGUACCCAUACAAGGUUCUGUUCAAAGUAAAUCCUUAUUAAGAUGGUUGACUGAAUAA